GAGGCAGGCCAAAAGAGGGCUUUUACAAGUGGGAGAUUUCUAUAACAAAAAAGAAAAAAAUCCAACCAUUCUUGUUUUCACAGAGGAAGAUAAAUACGGUCUGUACUCGAAUUUGUUGUUCAAGUAUUUUCUGGCAGAGGGAGUUGUCUGUGGACACGAGUUGUUUGUUGCUUCUGCUAAAGAGCAUCCGGACAACAUCUUAAAGGAACUUCCAGCCCCUUUGCUUGAUGAUACCUACAAAAAUGAAUUGGGAGAAGAAGCAACAGCCAUUAAGUCUGAAGAUUUUCAGGAUUCUAUGAAAAUAGCCUGGCGCUACCAAAAUUUACCAAAAAUGGAGGCCAGCCCAACAACAUCUACAAAGUUUGGCCAUUAUUACGAUAUUUCUAAAACAAUGUCUCCAGAAUUGUUUCCGUCCAUAAAAUGGCACAGUUUUUAUCUUCCUGAAGAACUGUCUUUACAGCCUCAAAUGAAAACAUGCAAUAUGAACAGUGCUUACGCCAGGCUGCUGCAGUCCAUUCAGAGGAUUGUUUCCCAGGAGGGGUUUGAUGGCUCUGAUCCCCAGAAAAAACAAAAGAAUAUUUUGCGGAUAGGAAUUCAGAGUCUGGGUUCCUUGUUGUGGGGUGAUGACAUUUGUAGCAAUGAUACUCCUGAAGAUGUUCAUAGCCUUACAAAAUUUCUGUAUGUUCUUCGUGGCCUCCUCAGAAAGUCUUUGUCAGCCUGCAUUAUCACAGUGCCUGCUCACCUUAUCCAGAAUAAAGCAAUUAUGGAACGUGUAACAAACUUGUCAGAUAUGGUAGUUGGUCUUGAAUCAUUUAUUGGCUCCGAGAGAGAAACCAAUCCAUUAUACAAGGAUUACCACGGUUUGGUUCAUGUACACCAGAUUCCUCGGCUUAAUAGCUUGAUCUGUGAUGUGUCAGACACGAAGGACCUUGCUUUUAGAUUAAAAAGGAAGCUGUUCACCAUUGAGGUAAUAAAAUCAAAUUACGUAAGAAGAGUUAGAAAUACACAACCUGUGAUUUAUGGCAAAAAUUCUCCAAAAAGG